AUGCGUUUCUUCAAGACCAUCGUCGCAGCUCUUGCUGUCGCCCAGGGCGCUUUUGCUGUUGACCAGCAGAAAUCCAUCAUCGUCACUUUCCCCAACGAGGUGGGUAGCGAUGUCAUCAACCGCGCCAUGGACGAGAUCAAGAAGGCCGGCGGUGUGAUCACGCACGAAUACAACCUGAUCAAGGGCUUCGCAGCUAAGGCACCUCAGAAGGUUAUCGAGUCCAUGUCGGUAUGGACCACUAGCGAGUACCAUGCCACGAUUGAGGAUGAUCAGCCAGUACAGAUCUCGAACAAGAUCUCCUGA